AUGAUUCAAUCACUUCCUACAUUUCUUGUUCUCCUUGCUGGGAUUGCCAGUCUGCCCAUUUUCGCUGUUGCAGGCCCCCCGAGGAACUUCUCAGGGCUCUGUGAAGCGGUCAACUCCCGACUACCAGGUCGCGUCUCCUACCCCGGUAGCCCCGCAUACAAUGCAUCCCAAUCCGCAUAUUACACCGCCGAGGAGAGGGAGAUCGAACCAAGAUGCGUCUUUCGGCCGCAGAGUGCAUCCGAGGUGUCGCAGAUAAUCCAAUUGGUCUCCAAGAGCAGGGGCGAUUUGGCUAUUCGAGGUGGCGGCCACAUGCUCUGGCCUGGCGCCGCGAACCUCGACGGCGGUCUCAUUGUGGACAUGCGCAGUCUGAACUCGAUCAAUCUGAGUGAAGAUAAGAAGACGGUUUCUGUCGGUGGCGGCACCUUGUGGGUAGACUUGUAUCCGAAACUCACUCCCCAUAACCUCACCGUCAGUGGUGCCCGAGUCCCCGGAAUCGCAGUGGGCGGAUACUUGCUUGGAUGCGGCGUGAGCUUCUUUGCCCGAAGCCACGGCUGGAGUUGCGACCAUGUGCGCGGCUACGAAGUGGUGCUUUCGGACGGCCGCAUUGUCUAUGCGUCGUCCGAUUCGUACCGCGACCUCUGGCUCGCUCUGAAAGGCGGGCUCAACAAUUUCGGAAUCGUCACUCGCUUCGACAUUGAGACGAUUCCGCAGGACGGCAUGUGGGGCGGCCAAGCUGCCUUCACAUACACCGAGAGCGCUAUUGCUGCCCAGGCGGCGGCGUUUAGCAAAUACAUGGGAGCGAACAAUACAGACCGUGAUGCGAUGACCGGUCUUCUCUUCAACUUUCAAAACCCAGGCAAGCAGUUCUCGAUUGUGAAUACGCUCUUCUACACCAAGCCCGUGGCCGACCCUCCUGUGUUUAAGGACUUCCUCGCCACGCCGGGGCAGAUAGUGAACCAAUUCAGCAUCACGACGAUGGAGAAGGUAGUCGCUCUCCUGGGCCAACUGCUACCCAAAUCCGUCGACCGCUCCUUCCAACUCGUCUACUCCUUCCGCAACUCCCACCCCAGCCUCUACCGCGACCUCGUCCACAUCUUCGGCAACCACACCGCCACCAUCGCCGACGUCGAAAACCUCGCCAUCCAAUUCUUCAUCCAACCCCACCCCAUCUCCAACGGCACCAACUCGCUCGGCCUCGACCCGAAAAUCACAGACUACGUCAUGGCGACCGUGACGGCGGUCUACACCAACGAGCGACGCAACGGGCGCAAGGUGCGUCUUGCGAUCCGCAACAUGGUCGAUGGGCAGGAGAAGAUGCUGAGGAAGAAGGGGAUCUAUUUGCCGUUCAAGUAUGUGAAUUAUGCGGAUGAGAGCCAGGAGGCGAUUGCGAGUUAUGGGGAUGAGGUGGUGGGGAGGCUGAGGCGGGUGAGUAGGAAGUUUGAUGUUGGGCAGGUGUUUCAGAGGAGGGUUCCGGGUGGGUUUAAGCUUUGGUGA